GUUCCCAAGGUGUUUCUGUUCGAUGCAUGCCAACCUCAGUCAUAAUCUCACUCGCGAUUAUAGGCAUAACCGCAGCCGCAGACGCAGCUGCAGUCGAACUCACAGUCAUAGACACCGCUCUAAUAGUGGUUCCAACUAUAAGAAGACGUGGAUUUACUUCCACUUCGCAUGGCCCACACUAUAAACGUGAUUUUGCUUCCACUUUGCACUGCUCAGCGCUGCUCUUCGAUCAAUCAAAUCAAUUCGAGGGUAUAGAAUUGAUUGAUUAAUAGAUUCGGCGCCGUG